GGGCGUGAUGGCGGCGGCGGAGGCUGCGGCCCGGGCGGCGGCGGCGGGCCGGGAGGCCGGGAUGGCGACGGCGGCGGCGGGGCAGCGGCUGCCGCUGCGGGCGGCGGGGGCCGGGGCCGGGGCCGGGGCGGCCGAGCCGGCGCGGGGCCGCGGCGGGCUGUAGGCGGCGCCAUGGAGCGGCCCGGGAGCGGCGGCGGCGCCGAGGGGGCCUGGGCCGCGCUGCUGGGCCGGCAGCACCAGCAGGCCCGGGAGUACUGCCCGGGGGUGAACAACCAGCCCUACGUCUGCGAGAGCGGGCACUGCUGCGGGGAGACCGGCUGCUGCACCUACUACUACGAGCUGUGGUGGUUCUGGCUCCUCUGGACCAUCCUCAUCCUCUUCAGCUGCUGCUGCGCCUACCGGCACCGCCGGGCCAAGCUGCGCCUGCAGCAGCAGCAGCGGCAGCGGGAGAUCAACCUCAUCGCCUACCACGGUGCCUGCAACUACCCCGCCUCCAUGAUGGACCUCAGGAUGCUGGCCUCCUUCAAGCUGCCAGCCUAUGAGGAGGUGGCCCACCGCCCCAGCACGCCGCCGCCGCCCUACAGCGCCAUCCUGGCCCAGCUGAGCGGGCCCCGCAGCCGCCUGGGCUCCAGCAGCCUCACGCUCUCGCCCAGCUCAGAGAACUACACCAGCUGCUCCUGCGAGUCGAGCUGCGCCACGUCCCCCAGCAGCACCUCGCUCUCAGUGCAGGUGACGGACGAGACGGAGCGCAGCCGGGCCAGCACGCCCAGCGAGGAGGGUGGCACCAGCAGCACCGGCACCGGCGCCAGCUGGGAGCUGCCCCCCGAGGAGGCGCCGGCCCGCCAGCCCCCGCACAAGCACGCCCUCUUCUCCUCCACCGUGGACUUCUUCGAGGCCGACUGCCACCCCUGCUCCGACAUCGAGGAGGGCGAGGAGGAGGAGGGUGGCGGCGUAGCCCGGGAGGAAGGUGGCGGUGAUGGCGAGCAUUUCCGACACCGGCGGCUGACGGGGGACUCUGGCAUCGAGGUGGGGCGCUGCCAGGAGGAGGAGGAGGGAGAAGGCACCCAUCUCCUGGGGAAGGGCAGCUCCGUGUCCCCACCCUGCUGCGGGCUGCCAGGCUCAGGGGGCAGUGAGGGGCCCGGCUCGCCCGCCCUGCCCGUCUGAGUGGGCACUUGCCCAGCCCUCCCCGCCGCCCGCUGGCCCCUCCUGCUGCCCACUGCCCCCAUUUGGCCCCCACCACCUUGGAGUGGCUGUAGGGGACGGUGGGUGGGAGCCCUGACUUGGGAGGUGCCUGGAGCAGGACAGGGGGCUGCUCCACGCCUGGGCACAGCCCCUGUGCCUGCUGCCGGGGGCUCAGGGCAGCGUCCCUGGGGUCUGGACUCUUGCCACGGAGCCCCCAGGGGCCCCUUGCCCCACCUAACCCCCACCAGUCCAGCCACCUUCCCCUCUGGUACCUUGUGCGGUGCAGCCCCCUCCCUUGCUGUGGUCCUGCCACAGCCCCCUCCCCUCUAAACUGCUUCCAGGGGCUGCAGCCGCCAGGGCCCCCCUGCCUGCCCCGUCCCUCUGUGCUGCCACUGCCCGUGGCGGGGGAAGCCCCCAUCCCCACCAGGGGAUGGGCAGCUCACGUAGCGUUCUCUCACCAUUAAAGAGAUGUGGAAGUAUGGCA